CACACACCCCUGUUUGCCUCGCCUCCCUUCCUUCCUUCCUUCCUCUCCCUCCUCCACUCUGUUACGUAUAUAAGCGGUGUCGCAGUGCUCAGGUACCAUUGACCACCGAACCCCCGCGCAGGCUACUACCACUAGUCGUUCAAACCAACUCAGCAGCAUGAAGGUCAUCGUGUUGGCGUGCCUCGUGGGCCUGGCUAUGUGCGCCCCUCAGCAGCGGUACGAGCAACCCGCCCCUGCGCCUCGCUACGAAGAGCCAUUUGAGAGCGAGGAAGUGAUAUACGACCCAGAGCCUUACCAGUUUAGCCUCGCAGUAGCCGACGACGAGUUCACCAACUACCAGAGCCGCGUGGAAAGCCAGGACGAGCACGGCAAUGUGCAGGGCGAGUACUCCUGGGUGGGACCUGACGGCAUCCGCUACAUCACCCGCUACACAGCCGACCCCCACAAUGGCUUCCAGGUGAACACCGUCGAGGAGCAGACUGACAUUAAGGUCCGCAUCCCUGUGCCAACGCCCAUCGAGGAGCAGGCUGGAUACAAGCCCUACGAAUAAGGAGCUCGCCCCGCCCCGCAACCCCCGCCACCUCUCGCCUCACCAUCACCAAAGCUCACUCAUCGCUCUCCUCUCUUCCCUUGCAGUUCUGAUCUCUAUUUACGAUCUCCUCGACCUAAUGUGCGCUAAGCUGCCUCAUUUUGUCACUCGCAUUCAGAUCUAUGCAUUUUCUUCUCUCUCAGCUCUUGCUCUUCACGUCUAUCACACUGCGACACCUUAUGUCAGUCAGUCUGUCUAUUUAUCUAGCCUUCACCCUGUUAUUCCAUCUCUCGGUGUGCCAUACCCCUGCUUGAGACCUCCUCCACUGUUGCUGAACUACGACACAAAUUUAAGGUUAUGGAAGUCGUUAUACAAAGUCCAGAUUGGGGAGGAAAGCCGCGGCCCUGAACCUCUCUGGUCUGCUGUAUAUUAUAAUGUACAUAAUUCAUGAUGUCAUGAAUGCAUGAACGAGACAAAGCCAUCCACGAACUCCUGCAUGAUUUAGCUACACACUGGUAUACUACUACCGACUGGUCCAUAGCUGGGGGUAAAGAAUAGUUAUAAUGACGACGGUAAAUGAUGAUAAUAUUAUUAAUAAUACUAGAACUCCUAGUGUAGUUUGUAUCCACAUCUAAGUCAAUGAUAUAACUUUUUCUUAUUUUUUUUUCUCUUUGUUGUUAUUAUUUUAUCAUUUCAGUCUUUGUUCUCUGUUCUGUUCCUGACUUGUUAUGCAUAUCGACGGUCCACGUGUCGUGGAUCUAAAUAGUUCUUUUUUACUCCUUGCAAUUUUUUGUUUAAUCGUUCCUCAAAUCUAUCUUUAAAAGAUAUCAUUAUUAUUGUACUUUCACUUUCUCUUCACUCCUGUCAAUUACUUGCUCUCUAACUCUAGGAAAUUGCAAUCUGCAUGUAGCUUGAUCAAAAUACGUCCACCCAUUCCCUCGGUAACUUUCACUUUCGUCUUCCUUUAAAUCUACCCACAAAAAAGCCUUAUUCGCAUCAUACUUCCAUUUCCUCUUGAUUCCUCUAUCACUUGCUCUCUAACGAGUUACUUUCAUCUGCAUGCAGCUAAGGUGGGCGGCGUGGGCGGGAGAUCCUGUAUAUACCUCCCCGCCCGCGUCCCGUCCACCUCCUCCUCCUCCCUCCGUCCAAUCAUUGUUUUGUUAUAGGCUUCCAUAGGCUCGCUGCUCGUAUGAGUUAGUACAAAAUAAACCUGAGCUUGCUGAA